AUGGCGCAUGUGAGGGACAGUGACACGUCUCUAUGGCUACAUAAUAAACUUGGUACCAGUAAUGACUUAUGGUCAGGUGGCUCUAUUUGUUCACAAUUAAACCAAGAUGUUUUAAAGAACAUUCGAGAAUGUUUUUUGGAUCUACAGUCCCAAGUUAAACUAAAAUUGCUCUUAUCAUUUCUUCACAUCCCGAGGCGAAACGUCGAAGAGUGGAAAUUAGAGCUUGAAGAGAUACUUGAAGUUGCUCUUGUUGACAGUGACCAAUGGGUUUCCAUGCUGGCAGAGCUCUUAAAAUCCUACCCCAGUACUGGUCUUUUAAAUUUCCAGAUUGAAGAAAAUGCGUCUGUCUUCACAGAUGUUGUAAAUGAUCUUAAGAAAAUAGUGAGAAAACACAGUGAUCAGGUUAUGCUUCCUCUUGAAUGUUUAUAUCUGAACAGAACGGCAUUGACGUCUGUCGUGGGGCAGCUACCGCAGCCCAUAAAGCACUUUGCUCUGAAGCAAAAACCCAAGUCGGCUACACUGAGAGCAGAACUUCUGCAAAAGUCUAUGGAUGCUGCCACCAACUCUAGAAAGAAUUCCACAACUCCCUCCGUUCCAAUACGGUGUAGAGGCCUUAUCAAACCACUCAAUGAUGCAACUCCCUUACGAGGCAUUCCAAGUCGAGUCACACCAGGGGGUUUCAAGUCUCGUACCAGUCCCUUGGGGAGGCUAAAUUCCACCCCUCCCAGCAGAGUGCCCCCCAGGACACCAGCAGGAAGAAAAGAUGGCGGAAUCAAGUUACUAGAAAUAGACGAACAACCAAUAGGUUAUGGAAGGGAUGCAAAAAGGAGAAAAAAACUUCCAGAAGUGGAGUUGCCGGAAACUCGAAAAGAAAAAGAUGGAGUCACACUCCCAGUUACAUCAUCACCUUCCACACCAGAUUAUGCUGCUGGGCUUCUGACCACAACACCAUUAUCUGGUCCUAACAUAACAGUCAUAGCUCCUGGCUCCACACCUCCCAGUUAUGCACCAACUCAGCCAGCCAAUGCCCUACAGCCAUCUGUCAACAACACUCCAACUGUUGUUACAGCAACUCUAACCAAUGCUGUUAAACCACGAGAAAUCACACAAGUGCUUCCAACAGUGUCAGAAUCACCAGUUCAAGUACAAACACUCACUCCAACUGUCAAUAAUGUGGUCCAGGAGGGGACCAAGACACAGGUGAUUCACACGGCCACCAUUGGUAACUUGGCGGCUCUGGGUGGUACGUCACUUCAGCUACAGCAUGUAUCAGUUCAGCCUCAACAGCAAUUGCCUACACAGAUAUUGACGCCUGCGCCUAGCAUACAACCACAACAGCAAGUGCAAAUGCAUACAAUAGUACAACCACCUCCACCUCCUAAGAAAGGGCUUUCACUUACUAAAGAACAAAUGCAAGAAGCUCAAGAAAUGUUUAAUAAAUCAAAUCGUGUCACAAGACCAGAAAAAGCCCUCAUUCUGGGUUUCAUUGCCGGGUCUAGAGAUAACCCUUGCCCCCAUCUGGGUCAGAUUGUGACCAUCAUGCUGAGCGAGAAUGAAGAGAACGUGCAACAGGUUGAUGGCUCCAUCCAGACAAUGAUGGUGGAGACGCAUUUCCAAAUGAACUACAGCACCGGAGAGUGGAAGAGGGUUAAGAAAUAUCGUAGGAUGGAAGGGUAAUCCCUCCCCAGCGCAAGUCAGUAAUGGUUGUCUGUUCUCUCAAAGUCUGUUGACAAUUCCAGGCAGCUGUCCGCGAUGGAACGGGAAUGCGCGCUGUGACAGAGCUUUGUUUUGUGUAUAGUGUCAGGGUGGGUUUUUUUUUCUGCAAUAAGUAAUUUAAAAAGUUGUUGAAUGGAAGUGUGUUUGGUUGAAGUUUGUGGUGAGAUUUUGCUGUUUGUAUAAAUAAAGUGAUUAUGUGUGGAAAA